ACACUUCCUGCUGCUGUGCUUCCAGGUCCAGAUGCUGGUGGCCGAGGAGAGCGUGGACUUCCGCAUCCACGUGGAGAACCAGACGCGGGCUCGGGACGAUGUGAGCCGUAAGCAGCUGCGGCUGUACCAGCUCUACAGCCGGACCAGCGGGAAGCACAUCCAGGUCCUGGGCCGCAGGAUCAGCGCCCGCGGCGAGGACGGGGACAAGUAUGCCCAGCUCCUAGUGGAGACAGACACCUUCGGAAGCCAAGUCCGGAUCAAGGGCAAGGAGACGGAGUUCUACCUGUGCAUGAACCGCAAAGGCAAGCUCGUGGGGAAGCCUGAUGGCACCAGCAAGGAGUGUGUGUUCAUUGAGAAGGUUCUGGAGAACAACUACACAGCCCUGAUGUCGGCCAAGUACUCUGGCUGGUACGUGGGCUUCACCAAGAAGGGGCGGCCGCGGAAGGGGCCCAAGACCCGGGAGAACCAGCAGGAUGUGCACUUCAUGAAGCGCUACCCCAAGGGGCAGGCGGAGCUGCAGAAGCCCUUCAAGUACACCACAGUGACCAAGAGGUCCCGGCGAAUCCGCCCCACUCACCCCGGCUAGGCCCUGCAGGCCGCCCUGGCCCACACUCACCCCUAGAGAACUGCAUCAGAGGAAUAUUUUUACAUGAAAAAUAAGGAAGAAGCUCUAUUUUUGUACAUUGUGUUUAAAAGAAGACAAAAACUGAACCAAAACUCUCGGGGGGGGAGGGACAAUAAGGAUUUUAUUGUUGACUUGAAGCCCCCCCAUGAUUAAAGACUCCCGCAGAGGGCCUGUUGUCAACCCACAGGUGCUUGUCUCUCUAGAAACAGACAACUCUAGGCUCCUCCCCAGAGGAGGACGUGAAUGAGGAAACUGACAUUCCGAGAAACCAAAGCCCUUUUUCCCAAAGGUACUGAAAGUGGAAAAAAAAAGAAGAAAGAAGAAAACAAAGUAGUGCCCAGCGCCCUAACAAACAUCCCCACCUUCCCAACCUCCUGUCCCUACCCUGAACUCCAACAAAAAUCGCUCUCUGGUUUGCAGUCAUUUAUUUAUUGUCCGCUGCAAGCUGUCCCGAGACACCGCGCAGGGAAGGCGUGCUCCUGGGAAUUCUCCGCGCCUCGACCUUCUGACGACAGACGCCUCGUCCAAUCACGGCGACCCUGCCUGGCUCACAGUUCUGGAGGGUGCUGCUACCGACCUUCCACGACGCACGUGACCUAGCACACCAAUGAGAAGGGACUAUUUUAAAACCAGCUAUAUUAUAUAUAUUAUAUAUAUAUAA